UUUUUUUUUAUAAAAUUGUAUAAAAAACUAGAUUUUUAUGAGCUAAAUCAUUUUAAAAAUUACAAAGUAAUAUAAUGAGAAAGUCAUCACAGAAAAAGAAAGACAAUACAUUGUUCAGUUAUUUUACAAAAACAAAAGAUCCAGCAAAAUCUGAAUCAUUAUCGUCUUUGAUCUCUCGAACCACACCAUCAGAUCGAUUCGUUAAAUCAACCACGCAACAAACCUCAGUCACGACAACAACACCAUUAAACAAAGAUUUACGGCAAACAAGUCUAACAACAAAAGCUGUACAAGCAAUUGAUUUAACUAACGAUGAUGAUGACGAUGAUCUCAUUAUUAUUCCUUCACAAAAAUCUACAUCCAUCUUUCUUUCUAGUCAAACAAGUACAUUUUCAAACACAAGUAGUAGCAGUCAGAAUUCAACUAGCAAACUAUUUACAGAAGAAAUGAAGAAUACCUCUAAAUACAACAAAAAAGGGUGGUCUCCAAAAGAUAGAGAAAAGGGACCUCAAAAAUCAAGCCAAGAUUCUAGUUUAUUGUACGAACAAAAACCAGCACGAAAGUUUGACAGGAUUGUGCUCCAAAAGCCUCGAAUUACCGCAAAGCCUCGUUAUGAUUGGAUUGGACCUAAUGAUGUCAAACCUUACAGUUCAAACUAUCGACCUUAUUCAUCACAAACCCAAUUAGAUGAUAAACCCCCACGCAUCAUCACACAGAGUCGUUCUUAUUCUAAUACAACAGAAUAUGCAAUUAAAAGGAAAUGGGAAGGCAAUAGCAGUGUUGGAACUGCUUCAGGCUCUUCGUAUUGGGACGAAAACUCAUCAUUCUCUAUUUCAAAUAAGAAAAAGAGAGAUUCUACAAAACAAAGACCAACUAAUUUUUGGACUAAGAUUAAACCAAAUACCAGCUCCAGUUAUGUACCAUCCUCUACUACUAUGUCAAGUCUAACGACUUCAAUAGCAACAUUAAAUGAAUAUAGACCAGAGUUAUCGGCAGAGCAACAACGCGUUUUAGAUAUGGUUGUUAAUGAACAUAAAAGUUUAUUUUUCACCGGUUCUGCAGGUACUGGUAAAUCUGUUUUAUUAAGAGCUAUCAUUGAUAAGUUAAGAACUAUUUAUGGAAGUGGGUUAGCAGUAACUGCAUCAACAGGUAUUGCUGCCUGUAAUAUUAAUGGUUGUACUUUACAUAGGUAAAAAGCAAAGUGAUGAUAUUUGUAUUCUGUGUUUAAUUAAUUUUAUUUAUUAGUUUUGGAGGUAUUGGUUUAGGCAAUGAUAAAGCAAGUAUUUUAGCUUAUAAGAUUAUGAAUUCUAAAAGAGCUACUGAGAGAUGGAAAGAGACACAUGUACUUAUUAUUGAUGAAAGUAAACAUCACACCAAUUAAAGAAAGAAAGAAAAAAGACGACAAAUGCAGAGUUGUUUGAUAAACUUGAAGAAAUUGCAAGAAUUGUUAGACGAUCUACUCAACCUUUCGGUGGUAUACAAAUUGUUGUGACUGGAGACUUCUUCCAGUUACCACCAGUAAAUAAAGACA